AUGCCUGACUUACACUUUCGCAUUGCCACUGAGGAUGAUGCCCCUCGUCUUCAAGAGCUCAUCGAAGCAGCGUUCCGCUUCACAGACGCUCACAUCGACUGGGUCGGAUCUCCCGAAUUGGCUGCAACAUUCAAUAUCGACAUAUCCGUCAUUAUCGACAGGAUCACUUCAAAUGAUAGUAAAUUCCUGGUCGCCAGCGACACCCCUAACGGCCCUAUAACCGGGUGCGUCAACGUUAUGAGAAAGGCCCCCGAUUACGGUCGUUUGUGUCUCUUAGCUGUCGACCCGACACUGCAGCGGGGAGGUCUGGGUAGACAGCUUGUUGCAUAUGGGGAAGAUUAUCUCACGAAGGAUUUUGGUGUUGGCAAGAUUGGGUUGAAUGCACUGCAUACAAGAAAGAACCUCAUUAAGUGGUAUGAGAAGUUGGGGUAUGUUAGGACGGGGGAGAUGACCACGAUUCCGCUUGAGAGGUUUGAAUCGGACACGACUAUUGUGUUGACCGAGUUGGAUAAGACUGUUGCUUGA